AUGCCUCCGAAAAUGGCAUGCCAAUCACAAGUCCCACCUCAGACCCUUUCGCCCACCAACUUGGGCGCUUACGGCACGCCUUCGCCAAGCCUGCAGCAGCCGCAGCAGCCAAGCACCGCAGCCAAGCCGCCCAUCAACAUAGCUGACCUGUGGGCGCAGUUAGCAGCGGCGUCGCCAACCGGCGGAGGCCGCGAUCGCUCCUUCGGCCGCUCACCUUCAAGUAAGCGCCUCAUCUUCCGGCAGCAACUGCUCGUGGGAAGCAUGGCAUGUCACGAUGAGGACGUCCUGCACGCGAACCACACCAACGCUGAGUUCAACGUGCUCCUGGCCGAGGGCCGAAAGUACAGAGACGACUUCCAGGCGCAGCACGGUGCCAAGCCCGCCAGCAGCGACGUAAUCGUCAUCCGCUCCCACCGCGCUGCCAAACCCAAACUCCCUGGGGUUGGACACUCGGUGCUCACCGCAUCCUCAACGGUGUUAUAG